GUAAUCACAAAAAAAGAGCAAACAAUGUCACAACUCGCUGUGAGACCACUAAGCGCACAACUUCAAGCUGCCGCAAUUAAAGAAUUGAAUGAGGUGCCCGAACGUGUGGCGGCCGACAUCGAGGCGCUGCGCACCUGGAUCCAACAACAGCCGCAUUUGCGCGCACGUGACGAUGAUCAAUUUUUGCUCUCCUUCCUGCGUGGUUGCAAAUUUAGUUUGGAGAAGGCCAAAACCAAAAUUGACAAAUUCUAUACGUUGCGCACCAAAUAUCCGGAAUUCUUCACCAUCAACGAUGUAGACGAAAAAAUGGUGCGCGAACUCAUAAAUACCGGCAUACUAGUAUAUUUGCCGACGCCGUUAAAUGAAAAUGGACCACGUAUUGCUGUGGUAACCCUGGGCACUUAUUCAGCUGACAAAUAUUCUAUAGAAGAUGUGGCGCGAACUAUGGAUGGCAUACAGGAGAUAUUUAUGCUCGAAGAUGACUAUGCCGUUGUCUAUGGCAUAACAACAAUAGUUGAUGUGAAAAAGGGUUCGACGGCGCAUCUAAUGCAAAUGACACCAUCGAGUAUGAAAAAAAUGACUGUUUUCUCGGAAGAGGCCUUGCCAUUUCGCACCAAGGCUACACAUUUUAUAAAUAUACCAAGCGGUUUCGAAGCAUUCUUUAAUGUGCUCAAACCUAUGCUGUCGAAGAAACAGCAAAAGCGACUUUCUCUGCAUGGCAAUAAAUUGGAUAAACUUUACGAGCACAUCCCUUUGAAAUAUUUGCCCAAAGAAUAUGGCGGUGAGAACGGUUCCAUUGCGGAGGGCAUCGCCGAGCUCAAUCAGAAACUCGAUGCGUACCGGGAAUACUUUAAGGCGAAUACGCAAUAUGGAACGGACGAAAAGCUUCGUCCUGGCAAACCACUCGAUUUCGAUCAAAUUUUUGGUGUGCAGGGUUCUUUUAGAAAGCUGGAAGUAGACUAAUCAAAUAUAUAAUGA